AAUAGAAUGUUAAACAGUUUAAUACAGCGACUCGUAUGUCCCUUUUGCAAGACACGAAAUUGUAUAUACAGUGUCUUCAGCUUCAUUUUCUUUCUCGCGGUCCGAGUUAGACAGACGUGUCUUUGAUACUGAACGCUGCCAUUCAACUGCGUACCUGCUACCGGUUCGUGGGUCUCCCCUUCCUCCGCUACUUUGGUAGUUGCUCUGCGAAACUAAGGCGUCAUUUAGUUGUCUCUUCUCGUAUCGAUAACGUGGAUCGUAUUGCGUCAGGUUAUUGAUCGAUAGCAGGGAUAAUAUAGAAGUAAUUGGAAUAUUAAUAUAUGGACGCAACGACGAUUAAUGAUCAAUCCGAUGAAUUUUCAUGGAAAUUUGAUACAGCUUCAGCUUGUUUGUCUUCUUUGGGACCGACUGAACGGUGGCUCAGAAGCCAAGAACGCUUUUCAGAACCUCUAUUUCCACCGUUGGAUUUUCAACGGCUCCUGCCUGAUGUUAGUUUCCCUGAUGAUAUCUGCUGGGAUAGCGCAGCAUCCAUGACAAUUCUGGUGACCUUGGUUUUAAUGAGCCUGGCAGUGGCUUCGUCCCAGGACUACAGUCAGCUGUUCGCAGGAUUCGGGCCUUACCUGAGGCAAUCAGCGGUAAUGCGAGAUCCACGAUCUAACAGAGGUCCAGUGCUGUUCCCUCCGGGUCCCCCGCCAAAUAGCGCGGACACAAGCGGAGUGAUAGUAGGCGCGAGCGGAUACGGAUUCGUGCCACCCAACCAAGCUUUCUACAGGUACUUUUACUAUUAACGAUGGAUAAAGGAGGUAAUGGAGGUAAAAAUAUCGAGAGAUUCGUGAUUACUGUGUCAUCAUCAGUGAGGAAGUGGUAUGGCAAGGAGUUCUCAAGAAAUUGACGAAUCCGUGGCAAGGAAUAAUUUAGGAACAAAUAAUUCUGCGUCCAAUUUUGUAUUAUAUUGUAUGCUUUAAUUAUUUUUAUGCUGCCUGAAGAGUUUCUAAACGUGUCUCUAACGACACUCAGGAGUAUCCUUAGCAGUAUUUGUACAAAGAAGUACAUAUCUUAAAUUAAUGUAUCGUUAACGUUUUAUACAAAUAGCGUUACUGUAGCAAUUCGCAACAGUGGAAUCUCAAUUAUUUAAUCCAAAAUUUUCCUUCACGAUAAAAUCUCAUAGAAUUUUAACUGUGGUCAAAUUUAUAUAUUGUCAAAACAGAAUUCACUGUUAGAAGGGUGACAUAAAAGUAAAAUAUUUAAUAGAAUAGGAAUAUUACAAUAACUAAAUGAAAUUACGUUUAAAGUAAAUUUACUUUAACCUCUUUCUUAAUAUGUAAUGGAGAUUCCCCGGUUGUUAAUAUAACAAAAGUAUAAUAUCUAGAAUCGUUCGCUAAAAGUCGCGUACCUUUAUCGAUGUAGAAACGCAGUUUACGCUUCAAACAUUUAUCGUUCGUCGUUGUCGAGAUUGCAGCCCCUACUCAAUUUCCUGUACAUAAGCAAAGCAGAUAGAAAUCGAGAAGGCAAACAUCAAUCAUUCUACGGGCACAUGCAAAGUAGUCCCUUAAAAGACGCGUGAAAUUAGCGUCGUAAAUAUACGUAACUUCCUUGUAACGCUGUUCCGUAUCAAUUUUAAUACACGAUACACAACGCGAUCGAGUUGUUUCCAGGAUUUGGCCUACGCGAUUUCUCAAACGUGCUGUCGCGGUGCACGCAUGCCUGCCUCGCUUUAUUACGUCACAUCUCGAUCGAUCGACCGAUUGUCGGCCGUACAGCUUGGGUUAGUCAUAGACUGCACUUGAAAUCGAAAUGCGCGAGGCAUGUAACCGGCACGCGAUGCAUGGGCGGGAAAAUUGCGGAUUGUUCCGUCGACUCGGAAUACCGUUCAUCGAUCACAGGCCAAUCUGGCUCGACCACCAGUCACGGUUGAUAAGCAUAAUCUUAAGUACAUAGAACUGUACAUAAUUCUUGAUCCAAUAAAAUUAUUUUGUUGUUAACGAGAACGUAUCCUGGUGAAUAUUAUGCCGUAAUCAUGAGAAUAUACAGUGGUUUGCGAAAGUAUUUGAACGCUUAUGAUAGAAAAUUUCGAUGUCAAUAUCAUGUGUGUUGUAUAAAACAUUUUGAAAUCUCA